AUGUCGUGUAUCUAUUGUUACUAUGGAGAUAAAUGUACGAACACCGAAUGUAACUUUGUACAUCUCCGAGAUAAUGCAUCGGCAUCAUCUCCUCAAGUACCAGUUCGAAGACCCGGCAUUAAUUCGAAGCAUUGCAUGUAUGGAGAAAAAUGCAAAACAAAAAAAUGCACUUUUACACAUCUGACGCUGACAAAAGGAGCACCCAUAAGAUCACAAGACGAGUUCGAUGAUUGUACUUACGGCGUUAAAUGUACACGUGAAGACUGCUGGUUCAUUCAUCCAAGUGGAAGAGAAAUUGAUCGAUCAAUGAAUACAACAUCAGGAAGACAACGACUACCAGUUAGAACAGAUAUUUUUAUGCAUCACACUUCACGUGAUUCAAGCAGUCCCCGGCUUGAAGCAGCAAUGCCAUAUGAGCACCGUCGUCCUUCCACAUGUACUCCUGUAAUUAUAAGACCUCCAUUACAACCCCUGGAAGUUUACCCACAAUGGAUUGAUCCAAGAAACAGCUUUUAUUCUACACAUCCGAUGUUUCACCAACAAAUAACAGGCUCACCUAUUAAUCAGCAGAAUUCCGGAGAAAGGAGAAGUUCUUUUUGUUUAAAUCAUAGAACCAGAAGUUCUGCUUUGACACAUCGUUCGCCUCGUGAUUCAAGCUCUCAGUCUAAGUCACGAAUAUUCAAACCGUCCGCUCCAUGCCGUUUUUCAAGUACUAACCGAGAACUUGAUCAACCCUCAGAUCGAACAUCGAGAAAAAGAACAGGACUGUCGGAAUCUGAGCUAAUUAAAUCGAUAGAAAAUCUAAUAAAUGAUGAAAUACCCAUACUUCAAUUGGACCAUCGUUUGUUAAUGACAAAAGAACAAGAAAAUAUUCCAGAGAACGAUAGCGGUGACGAUGACGAUAUUCGAUCGACUGACACUUUGUUGAUGUCUGACAUAGAUGAACAAAACUCAGUACUUGGAGAAUUAGAAUUGCAGGAAAUUGAAUUCAGUACAACUGCAGACAACCUCUCUACAGAGUUUUCUGAACUAAUGGGAUCAGAAGGAAUUGAUUCUGAACUUUUAUUAUUUGAACUGAAACGUAUACACAUGCAUCUAGUACGUGAGGUAAAACGUUUAAAACUACAUUUGCCAAUCUAUGCUAAACGUACGGAAAUUAUUGGACAAGUUAAACAAAAUCAAGUUUUAAUUUUAAAAGCUGAUACAGGUUCUGGAAAAUCUACACAGACAAUGCAAUAUUUAUGUGAUGCAGAUUUAACACAUAAUGGUCAAAUUAUUUGUACACAACCACGAAAACUUGCUGCACGAAUGUUAGCUGCAAGAGUAGCAGAAGAAUACGGUUGUAAAGUUGGCGAGGAAGUGGAUUUUCAUGUAGGUGGUGACAGAUGCAGACGGACGAAUGAUAAUAUUACAAAAAUUAAAUUUGUCACAGAUACACUAUUUUUAAAUGAAUAUCAAAAGGAUCCAAUGUUAAAAAACUAUUCAAUUGUUGUCAUUGACGAAGCACAUGAACGAAAAAUCGAUACGGAUCUUGUGUUUGGUAUUAUGAAGCAAUGUUUAAGAAAGCGGAAGGAUUUAAAGCUAAUCGUCAUGUCAGCAACACUGGAUAUGAAAUUGUUAAAAAAUUAUUUUUCACCCGAGUUUUCAUGUGGCACAUUAGAAAUCGGCGGACGAACAUUUCCAAUAGAAGAUCAGUAUCUUGACGAAGAUGUUGAAAACUACGUUCAAGCAGCUGUAGCAAAAGCUAUUGAAAUACAUCAGAGUAGUGAAGUCGGUGAUAUACUCACAUUUUUAACUGGACCCGAUGAAAUUGAUUUAGCUAUAGAGGAGAUACAAAAAAAAUUAUCAAAUGUUCAAAACUUCAUUGCCUUAUCAUUACAUGGAAAACUAGCACAAGAAGACAGUGCAAAAGUCUUUGAAAAAAUUCCUAAUAAAAGAAAAAUCAUCUUUAGUACUAAUGUUGCUGAAACAUCGAUUACAAUCGAUGGGAUACAACACGUAAUAGAAUCUGGAAUGGUUAAAGAAACAAUGUGGGAUGAUAAGCGAAAAAUGCAAGUGUUAAAAGUUGGACAAAUUACAAAGAGUUCCGUCAAACAACGCCGUGGAAGAGCUGGAAGAACAUCGUCAGGGAAGUGCUACCAUUUGUACACGUUGGAAACAUACGAGUCCUUAGAUACAUGUCCGCGUGCAGAAAUCUUGUGUACUCAACCCACCAUGGCUAUUUUAAAAUUAAAAAAUUUGGGUAUUGAUGAUGCCAAGACAUUUGAAUGGCUUGAGUCACCAUCAUUGGCCAGUAUUACGGAAGCACAUACAACAUUAGAAUGGUUAAAUGCCAUUGAUCCUAAGAGCGGUAAAUUAACUGAAGUUGGUCGUCGAAUGGCUAAAUUAGCUGUUGAUCCAAAAUUAGCUGCAAUGCUAUUCAAAGGUCAGGAAUUAAAUUGUUUACCGCAUGUACUAAUUAUAGCUGGUAUGUUAAGUGUAUCACAAAGUUUAUGGUGGACAGGAAAAGAUGAGAAAGCAAGACAGUCAGCUGCUGAAUCACGAGCGGAGUUCAGUCAUGAAUCCGGUGAUCAUAUUACAUUAUUACGUGUCUAUUUAAAAUGGAAUUCAGUUUCUAAAAAUCAUAGAAAUCAAUGGUGUAAAGACCGUAAUAUUAUGGCGAAGCAAAUGAAAAGAGCAGAUAAUUUUAUAGGUGAUAUUUCCAGACAAAUGAAAUUCGAAAUGCCGAAGACUGAGGUUGUGGAAGACGUAAAUCCAGAACUAAUCAAUCAACUUCUUCUGUGUAUUACUGCUGGUUACUUUACAAAUUUAGCGAUUUCAAAUGGUCCAUUACGUGCCGGAUAUCAAGUUAUUUCUUCUGUAUCCUCGGAACCGAUUACUGCACGAGUCUUUCGUACAUCAGCUCUGUAUACAAAUCAUCAAAUACCACAGUUCGUUUUAUACAAUGAACUGAUCAAUUUAAAUGGAACUAAUUAUAUAUCAACGUUAUGUGCAAUUGACGAGAAAUGGCUUCAAUCAGUUCCGCAACAAUGGUACAAAGCCUGCAACAUCAGUAAUCUUCACAGUAUAGCAUAUCAAAGCUAUACAUUCACAAAUAUUGGUUCUACUUUACUACGAGCUGUUGUUGGUAAACGUAAUUGCAACAUAAAUAUGAUUGAACAGUCAAUUGAAGGAAUGAUUGAUUUUGAUUACAAUCAAAUGACGCUGACUGUGUGGGGUCGACCAUUAAAACUGGAAAACGCUAAAAGAAUUGUACGGUACAUGAUAGACAAGGAGAAAGAGAAACUGAUUAUUGAAGCUGAAGAAAUACAAAUUGUAGGGUCAACACGUAUUGUAAUGGGAGCGGGUGGUUUGAGCGAAAUGGUUUUAGUAGAAGAUGAAUUUGUACGAAUUAUCAUUAAAAAGCUACCGCGAACAGUGACAGAGGAACAAAUACAAACUGCAUGUAAACCGUAUGGAAAAAUUCGCAACAUUUCGUUCAUGCAACAAAAUCAAGAUGGAGUCUGUGGUACAGUCACAUAUUUUAGUACGACCGGAGCACGUAAAGCAUUUGCUGAACUCAAUGGUAAAUUUAUCGGUGGUCGGGAUAUAACUGUCAGCAGUGCAUGUUUAAAAACCGAAGCUCAUACUGGUACACAAAAUUGUCGUCUGAAAGCAAUUUGGUAUUUAACGCCAUCGGAAUGUAAUGGAAAAAUUAUUUUUACCAAUGAUGAUAAUGCACGUAAAGUCUACCAGUUACUUCAAGAUUUGGGAUACGAUUGUCAGUACGAAACCUCACUGAAUUUACCAACUAUGAAAAUUGUUUAUUAUCUUGCAAACAAUUGUGGUCAAGGUUACGUAAAGUUCCGCACGGCUUAUGAAGCCAAUACUGCCUGUUUGCGGAUGCAUAUGAGGCAGCUAUCAAGUGGUCAUAGAAUACAUUGUUCGAUGGCUCGAGAAAAACAACGAAACGGUGGCGCUUCAUCAGUUAUCGUCCGUAAUUUACCUUCGGAUGUGGAUGAAGAAGAUCUUCGAGAAUAUUUUCAGUACUGUGAAGGUGUACAAGACGAUGUACAAUUGCUUCGAGGAUCUCGUGGUUCAAAGUUUAGAAGACCGUCGGAUGCUGAAGAUCAAAUAAAAUCAGUUUUUAAUUGUUAUCCUUCAUUUCAACGUGAUUCCAUUUCAUUUAAUCCAAGAAUAUUUAAUGGGAAAAUUGAGGCCUAUGCACAUUUUACAGAUCAAAGGGAUUUACUGGAUGCUGUUGAACAAAUAAAUGGAAAAAAGGGUUAUAUUGGUCAGGGGAAGGUGAGAUUAUCGGAAAAAGUACGGACGCAACAGCAACAAAUGACAAAGAAACGAAAUGCUGAUGAAUAUAGUAUUAAACUGCAAAAUUUAGGUCCAUUAGUUGAUCAAUAUGAUUUGAGUCAAAUACUAAAAGAUCAUCAGUUAUAUGAUUAUGUUAAAAUAAUUCUAGUUUAUCGUCAAAAAUUACAAGCAAAUCAGCAGUUUACUGAAGAGGACACUCAAAUGGGAUUAAUGAAAUUGAAAUCUAUAUUUCACAGUAGAAAUCAGAUGUUUCGGUAUGAACCAGAAAUUCAGUUACAUCCAGUAACGCCUGACGGUACAAUGUCUGCACUUAUCUUAUUCAAUGAUCCAGUUGAUGUUACGAAAGCUGUUCAAAUCUAUGCGAACACCAGUAUUACCCUAUUUGAAGGUGCAACUCAAAUACAUUUUGUUCCAUCGAUGGCCCAUGAAAUUUAUAUUAAUGCAGCAUUAGCAAAAGCAAUACCAGAUAAGAUUGAAACUGCAAUCAGUCGCAUAAAAGAUAAAUUUAAACGUGUACAUAUAAAACGAGGAGGAAUUACAAAGACAGAUAAAACGAAUCAAUCAACUAAGAUUUAUAUCGAUGGUAAUGAUAUUCAGCAAAUAACAAUGGCUAAGAUUGAAUUUGAUAAGAUUAUGAAAGGUAUUGAAUAUGAAUUUCAUGAUGAUUUGAUUAAACAGGUUAUUUUGAAUCGUAAAGGAACUCAGGAAUUACAGCGUAUUCAAGAUAAAACUGGAUCCUAUAUCUGGUGGUGUUAUUCAAAAUCAUUUGUUCGUAUUUAUGGCAGUGAUCAAGCUUGCAGAGAUACUGUGAAGCAAAUAGACGAUUAUAUUAAUGAGAUUCUGGCUAAAAGAUUUGAAGCGAUAUUAAAUAUUCCUGACGGUGAGUGGAUUCGCUAA